UCCAGUACCGCGUUGUCAUUGGCGUCACAACAUAACCUACUGCGGUUUGUAGGUUGAUGUAAAAAAGUAGAUUAUUGUUGAUCAUGUGCAGUGUUUCACAAAUGUCAAAUAGUUUCAUAAGUUACCUCAUUAGUAGGCAACGUAAUUAAACGAAUAUAAAAAAAAUGCAGUGCGUACGUUUCUUCUGCAAAAACAUUCGGCUUUUUUCCACAUUACCGAAACGUUCGGUCAAAGUGACCACACUGUGUACUAAUUAUAAACAGUGGCAUUCGAUACAACGGUACCGAAGCGACAUCAUGUCUUUCAAGGAGUUUAAAUUAUACGAAAAUGUUUUUAUCGAGACGAACGUCCUCUCCAACGAUUACGACGCUGUGGUAUUCAUCUUAUACCCUGAGGACUUAAAGGUGCCUUUACCAACGCACAUCGGUAGCUUCGUGGACAAGAUCUCGAAAAUCGACAAGCACAUACACAAAGCGGCAACUGUGUGGAACUGUGACUAUGUUUCUGGUGGAAGGUUGAUCCUCGCUCCUACUGGAAAGAUAACACCAUACCACGACGCGAGAGUUGUUAAAGAUGCUGCCCUUAAAGGUCUGAUUAGAGCUCUGGAAGCCGGAGCGAAGAAACCAUUGUUAGUCGUGCAGAACAUUGUUUACUUCCCCGAUUGUCAAUUGGUGGCUAUUUUGGGAGCUUUAGAGGCAUUGUACGUCCCCCUGCAGAUGAGGGAAAGAGACAAUACCAAGAAUUUCUUAAGGAUCGGUUUUCAUGCUGAAGAAAAGCGUACUGAAGCCUUCGAAAGAGUUGUGAGGAACGCCAUAGCGUUGGAAAGAUCUAGAGUGUUCGCUCGUGACAUCGCUGGAGGCGACCCUGAGAGGAUGGCGCCUGCAAAGAUAGUAGAAUACGUCAAAGAGUCGUUCAACGGCGACAACAACGUAAAGAUCAACGUCAUUGACGAUGAUGAUGUUAUAGCGAAGGAUUAUCCGUUGCUAUCCGCUGUAUCGAGAGCAGCGAACAGGAUUGACAGACAUAAACCCAGAGUUCUUGAGAUUAUCUACUCGCCUUCAGAUGUAGCAAGGGUUUCAGAGACCCUCAUGCUGGUUGGUAAAGGAGUUACGUAUGACACCGGCGGUGCUGAUAUCAAAAUAUCUGGCAAGAUGGCGGGCAUGGCGAGAGAUAAAUGUGGUGCUGCUGCGGUCGCAGGCUUUCUUAAAGCCUGUUCUAUCCUCAAACCGCCUCAUUUAAAAGUGAUUGGGGUUCUGUGUCUUUGCAGGAACUCUAUUGGUGAAGAUUCGUACGUAGCUGAUGAGUUAUUGAUAUCUAAGAGUGGGAAGACUGUUCGAGUGACGAAUACGGACGCUGAAGGAAGAUUUGCGAUGGCUGACGCUCUUUAUAAGUUGGCAGAGUCUGCCAGUAAUGAGCUAAACCCUCAUUUGUAUACCAUAGCAACUCUAACUGGCCAUGCUAGAGCCUGCUAUGGUGGCUAUGUGGCCGCCAUGGAUAAUCACAGCGCGAAAGCCACAAACCAUUCAACGAAAUUACAGUUCAGUGGAUCCCGGAUUUCGGAACCAAUCGAAGUGUCUUACGUAAGGCCUGAGGAUCUGGCAGUCAACGUCGGCAAGUCCAAGGGCGACGAUCUUCUCCAAGUGGACAUGGAUACGAAGUGCAGACAUCACCAGCUCGCUGCUGGCUUUUUGAUCAAGGUCAGCGGUUUGGAAGACAAGAAUGUGAAGUAUACCCAUCUGGAUAUAGCUGGAGCGGCAGGGUCGCCACCUUCGGAGCCCACUGCGGUCCCAAUUUUGAGCUUAUGCCAUGUGCACAAGGUUUUGUUAUGAUUUGCUUGCUGAGGGUGUGGAUUAUUUUUGUUGAACCCGGUGUAUAAUCUAUGAGAACAUUUAAUCGCGACUCAAAUGUAUUAAGAGAUAAUCAUCCUUAAUUGAAUUCUAAGCUUAGUAAAGACAUAGAAAAUUGACUAAGCACCAUAAAAAUAACCACUAAAGAAAGAGACAAAGUAAAUAACGGCAAAAUUAGUUGUCAAUACAAAAACUAAAAACCACAACUAAUGUCCGUAUGUUCCAUUUUUAAAUACUCUUAUUCGACGGUUUCCAAGAAUAAAGACUCAUCUGCAAAAUGCUUUAGUAGCAGUAUGGAGGUUUUAAAUAAUUGAUAUUAAAUUUUACUUAACUUAAAACCUUUAUACUGCAACUAGGGCAUUUUGCAGAUGAGAUUUUGUUUUUGAGGACCAUCGUAAUAUUAUUUGUAAGUAGGGGCCCCAUUCCGUUCUCUAUAUAAAUAAAACACGUCAUAAGAGUUGAAAGAAUCAUAAAUAUUGAUAUUAAUGCGUAAAUAAAGACUGUUGUUUAAUCUACUUAACAAAUUCUUGGAAACAUUUAUGUAGCUGAUAAUAUAGUAAGUCGAUGCUUUGAGUAAAAUUCAAUAUAAAUGCUUAGUUUAUCUCUUUUUAUCAAAGACAAUAGACAUUAUAGCUAUAGGCCGGACCUCAGGACUAAAUUUGUGUUCCAAAUGUUGUUAUCAAUUUGUAAUAAGUAAUUGUUUGAUUUGAAAUGUCCGUGAGACAAGAUGUCGCAGCGUCCUUAGAUAUUAAUACAAAAAUGACAUAUUUACAGAAAAUGUGCUAAUAUGCGCUUUAAAAACGUGAAAAUAACAAUAGGGAAACCAUAUGAAGUAUUUUACAUUGGUAUUUUUUUAUUUCGCGGUAGAUUGAGUAACCAUCACAUAAGCGCAAAAUGUUUGUAUGAAAAUCUUUCUAAUGUCCAAUCUAUAUAAUCUUAGAACUCUGCUUUUUAUGCAUAUUUCAACUAUUUCAAAGUUUAUCAGUUAUUUAACAAUUUUGAAUUUUUGAAUUUCGAACUGUAACCGUCAUGUGGCAUAAUAUUGAAUUUUUUGCUUCGUCCUUAGAGGACAGGCUAUAGUCUUACGACGAUACUGCCUAGUCUUAAGUAUGACAUAAUAUUGAUUUAUGGUAAUCUACAGAUAAUAGGAUAAUUGAUUUGAUAUACCUGGAUAUCGAUUUUAUAAUCGGUUUAAAACUAUAAUCUUUUUUGUUAUUUGUCUAUGAAUAUUUUUUUAAUAACGACUGAAUGUUGGAGUGUAAAAUAGCAAUAAAUAUAAUACAAAGAUUAGAAUAUACUAUCAAUAUUACAGAGUUACGUUAUUUUAUGUAUUUCAUAGGAAUUUUGUAAUCCUUUUUUAAAAUAUAAUUUGAAAAUUUUUCUGAUUAAAUUGCGUUAUCUUUGAUAACUAACAUAAUGAUUUCUUAUGUUUGCGAAUGUUAGACUUUGAAAUAAAACUAUUCGGAUUUCAUCACGGUUUUUGUAUUAUGAUUUUCUCCUGACGUUUAGAACGAGUGACCAGAGGUGUUGGUCAUCCGAAAAGGUUAUUGUAACACUGACUUUUCGGAUGCGCAACACCUCAAUCCCCCGUGACGACGACUGCAAAGUCUUCGAAACGUCGGAAUCAAUCUUUGUUCACUUUAAAUAAUUUAGUCUUGUUUUUGUUGCAUUUAUUAUACGAUAUUUUAUAAGAUGUAAACAUCUGCAGUUAGAUAUUUCAAUAAUGUUAAUAAAUAAAAAUAGUUUUAUUGUUUUUC